CUCCAUUUGGCGGCAAACAUUUACUCACUCAUAGAUGCAAAAAAACAAAUUUACUUGUCACAAAACCACGCCACACAAUCUUAAAACUGAAAAAUAAAUAACAACUUUAACUCCUCUGAGUCGGAAAAUUUGAUUGCCCGAGGCGUUAUCACCCCAAGUGCGUCUGAAGCCCCACAGUUGAUGGGGACCCACAUAAGACAGCGACCGACCAAUUGCGUGUUAGGAGAGUUUCACCAACCCCAGACCGAGUUAUCAUAAUACCGGAUUUAAUAACUAACCCGGUUCGAAACCGGUCUUGAUUUCUCCUUCUUUAUAUACACCUCCCGUGCCAUCUGUGUGAAUCACCAAAACACACAAUCGUCAACCUCAGCAAAAGAAAACAAUUACACAAGAGAGAGAGAGAGAGAGAGAGAGAGAGAGAGAGAGAGAAAUGGCGACUACAGCAACUGAGACAACGAAGACACCUACUAAUGGAGAAGACAAGCAAUCUCAGAAUCUCCGACAUCAAGAAGUCGGUCACAAGAGUCUCUUACAGAGCGACGAUCUCUACCAGUAUAUUCUGGAGACAAGUGUGUACCCUAGAGAACCAGAAUCAAUGAAGGAGCUCAGGGAAGUGACAGCAAAACACCCUUGGAACAUAAUGACAACAUCAGCAGAUGAAGGGCAGUUUCUGAACAUGCUCAUCAAGCUCGUUAACGCCAAGAACACAAUGGAGAUCGGCGUUUACACUGGCUACUCUCUCCUCGCCACCGCUCUUGCUCUCCCCGAAGACGGCAAAAUUCUAGCUAUGGACGUAAACAGAGAGAAUUACGAAUUGGGUUUGCCGAUCAUCGAGAAAGCCGGCGUUGCUCACAAGAUCGACUUCAGGGAAGGCCCUGCUCUUCCCGUUCUUGACGAACUUGUUGCUGACGAGAAGAACCAUGGAACAUAUGACUUUAUAUUCGUUGAUGCUGACAAGGACAAUUAUAUCAACUACCAUAAACGUCUGAUCGAUCUUGUGAAAGUCGGAGGAGUGAUCGGCUACGACAACACUCUGUGGAACGGGUCCGUCGUGGCUCCUCCUGAUGCACCAAUGAGGAAGUACGUUCGUUACUACAGAGACUUUGUUCUUGAGCUUAACAAGGCUCUCGCUGCUGACCCUCGGAUUGAGAUCUGCAUGCUCCCUGUUGGUGAUGGAAUCACCAUCUGCCGUCGGAUCAAUUGAUUGAUAUAAUGAUAAUACCCCACUCUUGAGUUUGUCCGCAGUGGAUUACUUUCCUUUCUCUACCUGCAUUCUCACCAACCACCAAAAAUGGACCCUUAUGUAUUUUGUUAAGUAAUAUCUCCAUUUUCCUUGUUUUUUUUUUUUUUUUUGCUUUCUUCUGAACAAACAAAGAAAUAAUGUAUCCCACCUUUUUUUUUCGUUUUAUGUUUCUCUAUGAUACAUAACCUAAAGAAAUUUUCAAUCAUCAAGUUUUCUAAAGAGACCUACUGAUAUUAUAAUAGAAAUAAGAACUUAUGUAUAAC